AAUGAGAUACUCUUUCCUACCGUUUCGCUUGGCGGGUCAAUACUCUAGAUGGAAAGGCCGCAGAUGAAGUGUUCGAUGAAAUGUGUGGCUCAUUAGUCAUUAGAGUGCCUAAUUCGGUUUCUCAUCUGCAACAAAAUCUUAUCGAGGAUUCCAGAUUCCAAAUUUCAAUAGUUUUCUGAUAAAUGGAUUGCAAAUUGUCGAAUUUCUUUCUGAAUCCAAUUAUGCUACCAAUAGGAAAGAAAUUUCCAAAGAAGAGCAGAGCCACUUUGACGGCUCAUUCCAGUACUCGAGUCCACUAUAAAAAGCUAACGAAGAACCUCCGUUAUCCACAGCGCCAAAAGCUCCCUCCGGAUUUCGGGGUUAACCUGUUCUUGAAGAAGCCAAACCCCCAAACCGAUCAGUGUCAAUCGGAUUCCACUUGUAACAAUGACGAUAAAGAAGAAGAAGAUAGUGAAGAAGAAGACCAGAAAGAUGGUGGUAUUGUUUGGGAACCCGAUGAGAUUGAAGCGAUAUCGUCUCUAUUCAAGGGAAGGAUUCCUCAAAAACCCGGAAAAUUGAAAAGAGAAAGGCCUCUCCCACUCCCACUUCCUUACAAAAUACGACCUUUGGGGCUUCCUACGCCGAAGAGACAUGUUAAAACGGCUUCUCCAAUGGUGGCCUCUUCGCGGGCAUCCAUUUCCAAUCAAGUCUACAAGAACCCGAGAUUCCUCAUUAAUUUGGCUAGGGAGAUAAGAAACCUUAGUCCAGAUAGAGAUGUGUCUGUCCUUCUCAACAAGUGGGGCCGAUUCUUGCGCAAAGGGUCCUUAGUAAUGACGAUUCGAGAAUUGGGACAUAUGGGUAUUCCUGAGCGUGCUUUGCAGACAUUCUGUUGGGCUCAGAAACAACCUCUACUUUUUCCAGAUGAUCGGAUAUUGGCUUCGACCGUUGAGGUCCUGGCAAGCAAUCACGAAUUGAAGGUGCCGUAUGAUCUGAAAGGUUUCAUUAAUCUGUCAUGUCGAGCUGUGAUUGAGGCGAUGGUGAGGGGGUUCAUAAGAGGUGGAAGCUUAGAUCUUGCUUGGAAGCUUCUGUCCAUCGCCAGAAAUUGUAAAAGAAUGCUGGACCCAAGUAUUUAUGCAAAAAUGAUACUGGAGCUCGGGAAGAACCCAGACAACCACACACUUGUAGUGGGCUUACUGAAGGAGCUCGGGGAAAGGGAAGAUUUAAAUUUAAGACAGCAAGACUGUACAGCUCUCAUGAAAGUUUGUCUAAGGUUUAGGAAAUUUGAAAUUGCAGAGAGCUUAUUUAGUUGGUUUAAACAAUCUGGGCAUGAUCCUAGUGUGGUGAUGUAUACUACUCUGGUUCGUAGCCGUUAUUCUGAGAUGAAAUAUAGGGAGGCAUUGUCUGUAGUUUGGGAAAUGGAGGCUUCAAAUUGUCUCUUUGAUCUUCCUGCUUAUCGUGUCGUCAUAAAGCUUUUUGUAGCGCUGGAUGACCUAUCUAGGGCUGUAAGGUAUUUUUCAAGACUUAAGGAGGCAGGUUUUUCUCCUACAUAUGAUAUAUACCGGGACUUGAUGAUAAUGUACAUGGUAUCUGGGAGACUGUCUAAAUGCAGGGAUGUCUGUGAGGAGGCAGAGAUGGCAGGAUUCAAGUGGGAGAAACGAAUAACGUCACAGUUGCUGCAACUUGAAAGAGAAAGGAGAUUGGUUGCUUAAAUCUCCUUUGAUUUUGUCCUUCAAUCUAUUUGUUGAAAUUUAAUAUGGUGAUGGUGUCAUCACCAGAGCUGGUGAAAGAAGUGCUCUACACUCAGGGAAUAGUGUUCGGGUCUUGGACCCAGAAUGUGUUGUUCGAUGUCGGGCAAAGGACAGGACGUGGUGUUUGUUCCUCAUACAAAGUAUUUCAUAUAUAAGUGCAUUGUGUUUAUCUGUUUUUUUAUAUUUAAUUUCUGAUUUCAUGGAUCAUGUAUUGAUUCUUCUGUUCACUUGGUCUUGCUACAAAGAACAUGUGUUUCCAAUUAAUUCUUCGAUGUUCAGGUACUAGAUAAGGUAGUCUUCUUUAUUGAUUCAUCGUUUGAUUUCUGGUUUACAUAUAGCAAUAGAGGAAGAGAGACAUAGCCCGCUUUCUCUGGAUCUACGUUAUGUUAACCUCAACAAAUCAAAAUGCAAUUCACUGAAAAAUGAUCAUAAAAAAUGUGUAGAUAUAUUAAGCAAGUAAUAGGAGAUUCGAGGAGUCUGUCAUGGUUUUUAAUUGCUGUUGCCAUCUGUAUGUUCUCUUAUUUUCUUUUUCCUUUCAGAUUAAUAUAUUCUUUUGUUUACAUUUUCAUCCCUUUUUUUUUAAAAAAAAUUUCGUUAGUUUUCCUUACUACUGUUCUUCAUUUUUCUCUAACAUUCUGUUUUUUCAAAUGAUAAUUCAAGUUAUCAGAGUCUCACAAAGAAGCACAUUAAACGUGCAAUGUAACAGAAGUCUUAGUACGGUUUUCCACUUAGUUGGAGUGCACAUUCUAGCUUCCACUCCAUUAAUUAUCAUGAAUCAUGCGACAACAAACUUUCUUGAGCAGGAUCUGUUCUGUAGGUUCUUACCUCUGUCCUUGAGAUAUAGGUAGACAGAUGAGUAAGGCAACAUACCGCAACAAGGCCAAUCUUUACUGAACUUUCAAGAUUGAUGAUAGAUGAAUCACUGGCAUUGAAUCGUUCUUGGUUUUUUUACUGACACAGAGUCACAGAUUGAGAGUUUAAAGCAAUCACUUUGAAGAAGAAAGUUAGGAAUUGCCGUUACAUAGUAAGGUUCUCCUUGCUUUUGCGAAACACGUGCAUUGCUUAAGGUUUGUCAUCUGGACUCUGCUACUCGCAUUUAGUAUAUCUAUUACGAAUGUUCUCUGUACUGAAAUAAGUGGAGGAAAAGUGGAAAACAUAGGCAAUUGACUGCAUGUCUAUGCUAAUUCUGGUACAACAGAGAUAAAUGUUCACUUAAAAAUGUAAAGUGGUAGAUAAAGGGACAAGUGUUAGCCAUCCAAGGUGUUUUAAUUUAUUUGUCGCCUUUCUUGCUGGGAUGUAAGCUUUGCUCAAAUUAGUUGAGUAUACGGUGAUGCAAAAGUGGGAGGAUUCCACGACAUUCUAAACAAUGGGGUUUUUCCACUCAGCCCUGGUGAUCCUUAUAAUGAUUCCGUGACAAUUGUGUGUUGGGAGUUAAUGGAGAUGGCCAUUAAAACCUUUCUCGUUAGUUUGUGUCUCUCAAAUGGAAUUUUCUAUUGGCUGGAAUAUUCAGAUAGGUUGAUUUGUCCCUUCUGUUACUGAAUCUUGGAAGCUGUUAUUCGGUCCAAAAGGUUAAAGAAUCCUGUCAUUAUAUGCUCCAUCAAGUGAAUCCCAAGCUCUAUCUCAUGAAUGGAUAUUGUAUUGAAUAAUAUGUGGCUGAUGAAGGCAAGGAUUUACAGAAAGAAGGAAAAUCACCUGCCACUCUGCAUUGAAAUUGUCCUUUUGUUGCCAUCUAACUGUUUCAUAUUUCUUGCAAACUUCCCCCCAGUAUCUCAUGCAGGUUCACUUUGGUUUGGUGCCGAUACCAAGAAUUGGCUCUGAGGAAGGUAUUUUCUUUGUGAUCAUAUUCAUACGUAGUUAGAGGUUUGAGAGUAUGACUGUUAUAGCAAGAAUAUUUGUGUUUUCUUUACUCUUAAGACUUUCUCCUGGCUAGAAACGCAUAAUCAUGAGUAUGGAAAGAUUAAAUUGAAUGCUUAUUUUGUAAUUUGUACAA